CCUCCUCCACCCCUGGCUACUCACUGGCCCACACGGUGAUGUCGGGAAAACGUUCACACUGACUUCGGUUUAGGGAAUAGGGGAGAACGGGUGGUUAGGACGCAGCGUUACUGUAACGUUAUGUGAAGUAGGCGCAGCACAUGCGUACCCACUACGUCAGCUCACAGUGAUUGUUUUUUUUUCCACAGCAGCUCUGUCACAAAGAUUUGCCCAGAAUGCACGCCAAUGCAAGCGGAGACACGUAGUUCUUUUUGUAAAUAACCAACCUGGGUACCAAGCUGGCUAAGUCAAGUUGUUUUUCCCCGAACACGGAACAAUAGGUAGCAAGCAAGCUAUUGUAUUAGAAUCAAAUAACCCAUUAAGUUUUCGCUGCUGCCAGCCAGCAAGCUGAACUAGCUAACCAACAAAAAAUGGAGCAUCACCAAGCAGCGAGCCGAUACCAAGUGUUACACAAUGAGGACGAUCCGUCUGAAGCAUCCACCAGUGCGACCGCGUCCACCAGUGCAGAGGCGACCGCUUCCACCGCAGUGGCGCCUCCUGCUGAUCAAACGGUGCCAGCAGAAGCAGAGGCCCCACCCCCUCCCUAUGCCAGCAUCGCGCUGGGAGCGAGCGCGGCUCCAGAGGGCUUUCAGGGUGACUUACCAGUGCCCCCUCCAUACAGUGUUGCUACCUCACUGCCUACCUACGAUGAAGCUGAGAAAGCUAAAGCUGCGGCCAUGGCGGCCACCGCUGUGGAUGUGGUGCAGCGUCCAGAGGAAGAUUUCCCGCCUCGUGAUGAUUUCAGCGAUGCAGAUCAGCUGAGAGUUGGCAACGAUGGAAUAUUUAUGCUGGCCUUUUUCAUGGCUUUCCUUUUCAACUGGAUCGGCUUCUGCCUGUCUUUCUGCCUGACCAACACCAUCGCUGGACGUUACGGGGCCAUCUGUGGCUUUGGACUGUCCCUUAUCAAGUGGAUCCUCAUUGUAAGGUUUUCAGACUAUUUUACUGGAUACUUCAAUGGGCAGUACUGGCUCUGGUGGAUAUUCCUUGUUCUUGGCCUCCUACUCUUUUUCCGAGGGUUUGUGAACUACUUGAAAGUGCGGAACGUGUCAGAGAACAUGGCAGCAUCUCACAGAACACGCUUCUUCUUGCUGUACUAGAGGUUGUGGCUAUAAACAUUCCUGCUAUGUCUGAUUCUUUGAGGAUUUUCCACCAUGCCCAAUCAAUGGAAAACAAUGCCACAGUGGUGCUGUCAAACAAUUCACACGAACAAAUUUGAUUUCACACUCUUAGACAUAUUAAUGUACCCUAGAACCUAGUAGCCAGCAUUCCAGUAUACUUUCCCCCCCAAACCAUCUGGUGACGUGCAGCAUCUUGCUUGAAUAUUCAGAUUUUGUACACACACCAGUGGCGAUAUUUGUAGGGUUUAUCUGUAUUGCAUAAACAUAAAAAGCCAAAAAUAUGCAACCAAGGAACUCUAUGCAAUUGUCCACUUCCCCAGAUCUUGCCCACUUCUGAUUUACAAAUCAGAGCUCAGAAAUUUCAUUACAGUUAGUUCAUUUUAGAGUUUUCCCACAUUUUAGAAAUAUUUCCUUGUAAAUUGCAAAAGUUUUAUGGUAUUGCUGGUAUUAAACAACAUUUGCUUGAGUAGGGAGAGUUUUUCUUGAUUUGAUCCUUGAACUGAACUGUCAUAAGCUUAUGCCAAUUAAUACUAUGUGCACUAUUCAGGAACAUGUAUUUCUGUUGUGACUGGCUGACUCAUAAUAAUACAUACGAAUACAGCUUUGGCAAUCACUUUCCAACUGGAAUCCAUGCUUAUCCUAAGAUCAUACUUGCCUUUUGCACCUUUUUUCAUAUUAUC